AUGCGACUCAUCGACCUCCCUCCCGAACUCCUCAUUCAAACUUUUUCUUUUCUUCCACCGGCUGAUUUACUUUCUUGUCAACUAUCAUGUACUUUUCUCAACUCGAUUGUCCACAAUUCUCUUGUUCUGCAGUAUGGUGCGGCGUUAGUUGCAUCCGGGACAGUCGACAACCCGUGUUCGAUAUUACCACUUUCCUCCAAGUUGUCAGCGUUGCGAGACGCGGAGCGCGCAUGGGCGAAGCUUAGCCCGACAUUUACCAAGCGUAUCAAGGUGUCGGAGGACCAGUGUGGCGUGUAUGACCUCUCUGGAGGCGUGUAUCUCCUCAGCAAUGCGGCUCGAAGGGAGUUGAUGUAUCUUCGACUCCCAACCACCAAACAAGAGGCUCGGCAGGCAACCUGGCACGUAUUAUCGUCGAAGAAAACGAUUAUCGAUAUCGGGCUUUGUCUUUUUGAACACGAUCUUAUUGUGAUCGUGAGCACUACACCAAGCAGGGCAUCGACACCAUCUCAGCCACUAUACGACAUUGAGAUGCAGUACCUGCAGUUUUCCACCGGCCUGCCACACCCACGCGCCGUGCACAAAAACGCGCACGUCAUGUCCUCCCCUUGGGAGAAGCCCGCUAUUGGUAUCGAGAUCGUCGGCGAGAACCUCGUACUCAUUCUUACAUUCAUCAAUCGAGGCCGCACGGACGACCGUGUGUUCAUAUAUGAUUGGAUGUCCGACGUCGUCAAAGUUUCGUUUCUCGCCCCGCACCGGUCGUAUUCAGGCCUGCUCUUCCUCACACCCAACCUUAUCCUCCUCCCUAACACAACCACAAACUCUCUCGACAUUUUCCGCAUUCCCGAAAAGCCAACCCUCGGCAUUCCACAGCCCGUGCUGAUCCUGCGUCUUCCUGAGCUUGCCGACGAGAGGGUUAUGGGUGGGAUCACCUGUCGCGCUGAGCCGAAUCCUGUGGGAGAAGGAUGGUGGGCAGGCGAGAGGGCACGGAGUGCGGCGAGACUAGUCGCAGCGUCGUCAGAGUCAGCAUCCACUACAACUGAACCCGGCGCCACAACAGAAUCCCUCCCAACUCGACCAUUCCUCCCACCCCCUGCCUCUGCGAUUUGCCUCUUCGAGAUUCGCGUUCUGGCACUCCGGUUGCACCUCCACCAUGGUGCGUGGAACAUGGGACUCGAGUUUCGCGACCGGUUCACGUUUGUCGUUAGACGGGAAGGGUUUGUGCGGCUAGUGGAGAAGUGUGGAGAGUUUGGAGAGGGAGAGGAUGCUGAAACAUCUACUGCAACGACCAACGAACCUACAGCGUCCAAUGAACCCCAAAAUCAAACCCAGCAACCCGCCCAACAACCUCCUACACAGCGAACACCCCCAACGCUGCCGUACGCAUCCUGGGGCCCUCCAAUCACGCGCUGGUUCAACUCGGAUCGCGUGUCUAGUCGUUGGAUCACGGUCUCUGCGGGUGAGAGGCUGGUGAGGAUGGAGGAUCGGCCAGAUAACUGGGUUGGGGAGGGUUUAGGUGGAAAUCGAAGGCGAAGGCGGAGGAGUCGUACACCACCAGAAGGUGGCGACGCGAAUGCUGAUGGAGUGGAGGAUGAGGUGGUGGAGGUAGAGGAUGAAGAGGAUAUUGACGAGGACGAGGCAGAUGACUUUCCGAGGUUCAUGCGGCCGUUUACCGUUGUUGAUUUUCGGCCCGAGUUCGUAGAGCGAGUUGCCAAGGUGUACGAUGCCGCGGAGGCGAAAGCGAAAGCUGAAGCUGAAGCUAAACGACAGGAAGAAGAAGAAAUGGCAAGGAAGAGUGGGGAGGCAGAGGUGGUAGAUAAGGGGAAGGGGAAGAGGAAACAGGACGAAUCAGGCGAAGAGGAAGAUGAGAAGAACGGCAGCAAACCUUUCGUUCGUCAUUCUGAUUGGAUGCCCUUGCGAAUGCGGGUGCGCGACGAUGACGAGGAGCAUGGCGAGGAGGUUGGACACGGUCACGAAGACCACAGUACCCAACAAGAUUUGCCAAGUCAGCCGCAAUAUAGGCAAUACAAACGGCGACGGGCAGGGGUGCGUAGUCGUAUGGAUACUGGCGCUGAUGCCGGGGAAGGUGCAGGGACCAGUGCCAGCGUCCAAGCCCAUGACAAUGCUCUGACGAAUGACGAGGAAGAGAUAGCAAUGGAUACAUCCGAAGAUGAAGGAGAAUGGCAUACAGCUGACGAAGGCGAGCAUGAAGAUGGGUAUGACUAUGCGAUCGUCAUUGAUGACGAUUCCGACGAUGAGGAGAACCAUUACAUUAUCGGCGGAGUUGGUGAGGACGAUGACGAAGACGAGGAUCAGUGGACCGACACCGAAGGCGACGGCGAGCACUUUGACGGGGCCAUGGGGAUGGAGCACACUGGCCUCGCAAUUGCCUCUCCAUUCAUGCACGGCACCCAUCAAUUUUUCUCUUCCCCACCUUCCCCUGAGAUUCACCCGAUCCCGCGCAUGCGCCUCCUGAGGGGUAUGGACACCGUUGAGCCAGCGGAUGCAUUCGCAGAACAUGUGGAGGGCGGACUGCCGUGUGUGCAGGUGGAGAGCGAAAGGGAAUGGGGUUUUGAUGGUGUGCUGAUGGAUGAGGAGCGUGUAGUGGGUGUUUAUACGAAUGAAGACGACCGGAUUGAGCAAGUUGAGAUCUUGUAUUUCGGAUGA